AUGUUAAGCAUUGAGACGAGUCGCUUCUCACUUCCGCCUGUCGAACCAAUAUUCUUGACAUGGCAAAAUUUGAGAGUGGUAACGAAACGGGGAAAUCGUUUGCUGUUGGACAAUGUUAUGGGAGUUGCACAGCCAGGACAGUUGAUCGCUCUGAUGGGUGCUAGUGGUGCUGGUAAGACAACAUUGUUGAACGCGUUAUUGCAAAGAAACAUCAAAGGCUUAGACAUUGAAGGAACAAUUUUGGUCAAUGGACAAGAGAUCGGUCGAAAAAUAACCAAGGUAAUGACCGAAUUGGAUUUGAAAAAUUGUGAAUCGUCACGGAUCGGUGUUGAAGGUAUUAAGAAAGGUAUUACGAGUGGUGAAGCUAAGCGACUAUCGUUUGCCACUGAGAUUCUCACAAAUCCUUCGUUACUUUUUGCUGAUGAACCAACUACCGGCAUUGACUCUUAUAUGGCUUUUCAAGUCGUUAAGGUACUCGAACGACUGGCAUGCGAAUGUCGAAAGACGAUAAUUUGUACGAUACAUCAACCAUCUUCGGAGGUUUUCGAGAUGUUCGAUCGUGUUGUGUUCCUUGCGAAUGGCGGUGUUGCUUUCUUAGGAUCACCCGCCGAAGCAGUGCAGUUUUUUGGUGAGUGCGGCCACCCAGUUCCAGAACACACGAACCCGGCUGAAUUCUUCAUUCAGACACUUGCAAUCGUUCCUGGUGAUGAAGACCGAUGCAUUCAACGUGCUGAUGGCCUAAAAGCAGCCUUUCUUGUUUCAAAAUUCGCCAAAAAAGUACAACUCCAAUGUGAAUUGAGCAACCAGGAAGCAGCUGUAGAGCUUGUCGAACGAGGAAAGGCAUCCUUACUCAUGUUGACAAUGACACUGUUUAUGCGAGCACUACUUGACAACUGGCGCAAUCCAUCGCUUGUGCGCGCAAAAAUGAUACAAAAAUGUGUGAUGGGUAUUUUUCUUGGAUUCUUGUAUUUCCAAACAGAUAUGACACAAGAUGGAGUUAUAAACAUAAAAGGUGCAUUAUUCUACUACAUAAGCGAAUUGACAUAUUCAACGUUAUUUGGUAUUCAGUCGUUCAUGCCUGGUGAUUUUCCGUUAUUAGUAAGAGAAUAUCAUGACGGUAUAUAUCCAGUUGCGUGCUACUACAUUGCUAAGGUGUUUUCAUAUUUGCCAAUAUUCACUGUGGAUGGUAUGAUAAUGGUAAUAGUGAGCUAUUGCUUGAUUGGACUGAGUACAAAAAUUGGUACAUUUUUAAUUACAUUGAUGGUAUGUGUGUUGGUUGAAUGGUCAGCAGCUAGCGUUGGUAUUAUGAUAAGUUCUGUAAGUUAUUCCAUCACUUGUGUUUGUACCUGUAUAUCAAUUUCUGUGUCACCAUCAUACGCAGUCGCUGUAUCGUUAUCCGGCCCAUUGUUAGCGGUAUUCUCGAUCACUGGUGGAUUAUACACAAACAUUAGGAUGAUUCCUGAAUGGAUUCGUUGGAUUCAAUAUUUCAGUUGGUUUCGGUUCGGUUAUGAGUCAUUAAUAACAAACGAAUUUCAACGUUUCACCAACAUUACUUGUUUGUUGGACAGUGGGAAGAUUGCCAAAUUAGGAGUCGGUUUCAUGUCAGCGAAAUAUUUAGUGGUGGAGGGUUUAGUGCCUCAAAAUUCAAAUCAGGUCCUUCAGAUUACCAUAAUAAAUAGAGUGGAAAUACUGGAAUUUUUUGAACGUAUAGCUGAUUAUUGCGACAAAGGUGUCAACGAUAUACCACUGACGUUCUUGCUGGGUUUCUUUGUGAGUAUUGUAAUACAGCGAUGGAAUGACGCAUUCAAGAAUAUGGGUUAUUUGUCGAAUCAAGCAAUCCACAUAAGUAAUUUCAUACUGGGUGAUGAUGAUGACUCACGCUUGAUACGUCGUACUGUAGCUCGUUAUCUUUGCUUAGCACAAGUGAUCGUCUUCAGGGAUUUGAGCAUUCGUGUUCGAAAACGUUUUCCCACUAUGGAAAGUAUCGUGAAAGCAGGCAUGUGUUUCAUUGUUUCAUUCCCCAGUGAUCUCUCAAAACGAUUACUGACCACACCGGUCGUUUUUCUUGCAUGUUUCAUGAUGGAACAUGAAAAGGCCAAGUUUGAUUCGUACAAAUGUGAUUAUGAUAAAUACUGGGUGCCUAUCAACUGGGCAUUUGCGCUCGUCAUUAGAGCUCGAAAGGACGACAAAAUUUUGGCUGAUACGUAUGCUGUGAAGAUAUGUGAUGAAAUUCGAGCAUAUCGUGAUAGUCUGCAAAUGUUAUGCAAUUAUGAUUGGGUGGAAAUACCACUGGUUUAUCCACAGGUUGUCUUUCUCUCAGUUCAUACUUACUUCUUCGUUUGUCUCAUUGGACGUCAGUUCAUCAUUGGUGUUGAUGCACCAAACCACAGUCAAAUCGAUAUAAUAUUUCCAAUAAUGACAAUGUUACAAUAUUUAUUUUUUGUUGGUUGGAUGAAAGUCGCCGAAAGUCUGCUGAAUCCGUUCGGUGAAGACGACGAUGAUUUUGAAUGCAAUUUCUUGAUCGAUCGAAAUUUCGCGACAAGUUUGUGCAUUGUUGAUGAAGCGCAUGAUGACGUGCCUCCAUUGGAAAAGGAUCUGUUCUGGUCGAGUGGUGACAUUGAACCGUUAUAUCUGAAGGAUUCUAAUCCAGCUCCGGUCAACCCUAUGAUUGGCUCGGCUGCUCGUGCUGCUGGGUAUUGCCUUCUUUAUUUACUCACUUGCAUAUUUAUUCAUUCGUUCACACAUUAA